UAGAGGGACCGUCGGGAGCGCAGGAGCGUGUUCACCCCCGGAUCAGUGAAGGAAGUGGUGGAUGUUAUUUCCUCCCGCACAGGUGUGGAGUACAGCGCGAUUCCUGAAUCCUGGACUGUGAAUCUAUUUGUGCGCUGUUUCCAGAGGGAUUCUUAGGAUUCGUCAGCCAGUGCGGAGCAUUAGGGGUGUUUUGUGUUAUCCUUCUUGCUUCCAGCUCUGACACUGACCACGGAGGAGUGUUUUUACAGUGCAGCUUUCUUCGUCGCCAAAUGGAUGCGAGUGCGUGAGGAGAAUACUAAUGAACAGCGCGCUGCGUCCUGCCAAGGCGCACCGCGUCCUCUGCUGCUGCUGCUGAGGGCCACAGCAGAGCUGAUCAGUCAUCCAGAGCGCACCGGGGCCUGCCGCAGCACUCCACUCCCCCGACCUGAGGAUUUUUUACUCCUAAAGUCGAGGAAUUAAUGAUCUUUAGAACUGUUUUAUUUCCCUAGAACCGGGAGAUAAAACCCUCCAGCAGCCGCAGAAUAAACGCCAAAAUGGGCAACAGCUUUUCCAACAUCUCUGCCUUCCAGUCGCUUCACAUCGUCAUGCUGGGUUUGGACUCUGCUGGGAAGACCACAGUUCUUUACAGACUUAAAUUUAAUGAAUUCGUCAACACGGUCCCGACGAUCGGCUUCAAUACAGAGAAGAUUAAGCUGAGUAACGGCACCGCGAAGGGCAUCAGUUGUCAUUUCUGGGACGUGGGGGGGCAGGAGAAGCUGAGGCCCUUGUGGAAGUCCUACAGCCGCUGCACUGACGGGAUCAUAUAUGUCGUGGACUCUGUAGAUGUGGACAGGCUGGAGGAGGCCAAGACCGAACUGCACAAAGUCACCAAGUUUGCGGAGAACCAGGGCACGCCGCUGCUGGUCAUCGCCAACAAGCAGGACCUGCCCAAAUCCCUCCCGGUGGCAGAUAUAGAGAAGCAGCUGGCUCUGCACGAGCUCACCCCCUCCACCACUUAUCACAUCCAACCUGCCUGCGCUAUAAUAGGCGAGGGUCUUCACGAGGGCAUGGACAAGCUGUACGAGAUGAUUGUGAAAAGAAGGAAAUCCUUAAAGCAGAAAAAGAAGCGGUAACAGCUGCUGAGUGUGCGGACAUUACUGUAAGCAAUCCGGGUUCUACCAGUAUUGCCCUUAACAGUGACUUUCUUUUAUUUUUUUGGAAUGAAGCGGUUCAGCCAGUGAAGUCCUGUUCAGAUGCUUUUGCCGGCAGAAGCACGCAGGACAGAAAACACAACAGGAUAAGAGGAGAACCAAAAUUAAGAGCUGAAACUUGAAUGGACUGUUUGGAGCUGCAGCUUUGAGAAAGAAACGGGCUGGCCCGUUCAGCUGUUGCUUUAUCUCCGACUUUGAACACACUUGAACUGAAGCUUUGGCUCACCUGGACUCUCUCUUUUUAAAUCUUUCCACCCACAGGACAUUUUCGUGGAAACAAGUUUGAUUUUGCACGUGGCUCGGGUCACUCGUGCCCCCUGCUCUUUUUGUCUUGAAAACAGACAUCUGCUGUAUCAAGCUCUGAUCUUGGAUGUCAUGCAGACUGCUUAUGGAGCAUUGAAGUAGCCUUUCCUCUGCAUGGUGGACAGAGGACAGAGUCCACUACUUUGCACUUUUCAUUUGCUAACAGACAGUAGAGAACUACACUGUAUUAUUAGAGGAACAGAUCCAGGUGAUUCAUGUACCAUGAAGCCAAAAUUUAAGUAUUUUUUGUAUAUUAAAAAGAUUUUAAAUCAAUGUUUUUGGCUUAUGUUCUUCAUUUACGUGGGCAAAGAAGCAGAGGUGAUGUGGAGGUUACAGUGGGAUGGUGUGGUGGAAAAAAGGGUCAUGGCUGCUGACUGAUUUCUAUCUGGAUACAGUCAGAGGUGUGGGUCAAAGAUAAGUCAGGGGUCA